UUGACAAACUCAUAACCUAAAAGGAAUACUAUUUUUAUCUGUGAUUUUUAUUUAUUAGAAACCCAAAAAACACACCGAAGUAAGUUUUUUGGUGUGCACAAAUAUUUUCGAACCACUUUAUAACCUAAAAUUUCAGCAAAAGUGCAUGUCUUUGCCAAUGAACUCAGUCACUGUAAAAAAUGAACAGAACUUUCAAAAAUGCACCCGUCGGAAGUUAUUCCAGUGCACAGACAUCAUCAGCCAGUACAAAUGUAAACAAUGUCACAGUUUCCGGACUUACGUUUUAAUACACCUGUGGCAACACACCGAGAACGGUCACUUUGCAAUAAAUUCGAGCGAUUGUCCGAAAUAUCGGUGCGAAAAAUGCAAUUUUGAAACAUAUUCCGAGUAUCUCUUCACGCAACACACGUUCUCUAUUAAAUGUACCUCCAGAGAUUUAAAUGGGGACGCUUCGUCGAUGUAUUUCAAAGAAGACAAUCUUGAAACCCCCUCUCCAUGCAAUAAGGAGUUUAAAUGUGACCAUUGCUACUUCAGAAGCCAAUAUAAACAAGCUUUAACUAGACACAUGUUACGGAAGCACCCACAUCUUUUACCUAAUGAGUGGCUGCAGUGUGAACACUGUCCUUUCAAAUUCAAAAUCAAAAGAGACUUAAACGAGCACAUGAAGUUUUGGCAUUCCCCGAACGACGUCUACUGGUUCCACUGUAAAGAGUGUACAUACAAAGCUAAAAGUAACCACUUAUUGAAAAUCCACAUUCUCGUUCGACACCUCUCCGAAGAUCAAAUCCAGUGGUUUCACUGUGAAGUAUGUCCUUCGAAAUUUAAACGCAAGUGCGAAGUGCAACGGCACGUUCUUAUCCACGAACCAGCCAAAUGUGAGUGGUGCCCCCUGAAAAAUUUCUCCAAACUUAGUUUAAAGCGACACAUCAAGUUGCAUCACUCAAAUCCGGAGGAGAUCCGGUGGCUGCAUUGCCCACACUGUGAUUACAAGUCGUACAAAACGUCCAAUUUAAAGGCACAUAUGACCGCUAAACACACAGCUGAAGAUCAGGUUCGGUGGUUUAACUGUGAGCACUGCAGCUACAAGUCGUGUCAGAAGAGUAAGUUGAAGCAGCACUUCACUGCGAAGCAUGCGACGGAAGUGCAGAUUCAGUGGUUUCAGUGCGAACUGUGCCCCUUCCGGACGAAGCAGAAGAGUCGCUUGAAGACGCAUAAUCUGAAGAAACACGGGGUUAUGGAGAACAGCGAUUAUUUUUAUUGUCAGCAUUGUUCGUUCAUAGCUGCGCAGAAGUACCAGCUGAAGAAGCAUCUGCAUAGGCAUGUGGAUAAAAAUUGUGCUCAUUGCGCGUUCACGACUAAGAGUAAGAAGCUGCUGGUUUCACAUCUGUUUCUUGUGCAUGGGAUAGGGGCAAAGAAGAGUCAAGAUAGUCAGACAGAGAAGCUUGAAGGCAAUAAUUUGAAAGAGGAAAUGAUUUCGUCAAAUGUGGUGUAGCAUAUUGUGUAUUAGGAUGUAUGAGAUUUUAUAUUUAUUUAUUGAAAAAAAAAGUUGAAGUACUGUU